AGAAAAAAAAGAUAAUAAAUAGCUUCGUCGUCGUGAUCGACCUCUGAAAUCCCUAAAAUAGGAGGGAAAAUAUAUUGAUCGUAGCUAGGGUUAUCGACUCUUUUGUCAACCUCUCCAUGGACUUUUUCGGUUUUAACAGACCUCAGGUCUGCAAAGAACACAAAGUGCUGAACCUGUUUGCUGAUAAUCCUGAGAUGAAAGCCUUUUUCGAGAAGAUGCUUUGAUUUUUUUUUGUUUUUGGAGAUUUGUAGAUGUAAAGAUAUUUUCUUCAUCAUGUGUUGAUUGAAUAAUUAUUAUUAUUAUUAUAGUUGGUAUAUCGACGUUGAAGGAUUCGACACUUCGCUUCCUGAGGAUGAGAUGAAGGAGGCCUUGACUAAUCAUUUCAAGUCAUGUGGAGUAAUCGCUAUGGUUUCUUUCCGGAGACACCCUGAAACCGAUGUUGUCAACGGCCUUGCUACUAUUACCAUGAUGGGAAAUGACGCUGAUGAGAAGGUGAUGCUACUUAAUGGAAGUGAAUUGGGAGGAAGGAAACUUGUUGUCAAGGCCAACCCUACUCCCAGACUGAAACUUGACCAUCUUAACCUUCCCUUUGGCGGCUCCUCUGUCCCAGGUACAUCAUAAGUUUGGAGUCUCUUUGGUGUUUUCAGAUCCAGAUACAAUGCAACCUGCUUUCUUUUCAUCACUCGUUGGGUCCUUAUGAACUGUGAGACAAUGAAACCCCCUUUGGGUCUUUCUUUCUUUGCCAUGUUUAAAUGUAAGCUCCAUAUGUAUGACGUUUGUGUGUGGAUGAUUAAAGUAAGCUCUAUUAUCAUUAUCUAGUUUGACAUUUGUGUGUGGAUCAUUAAGUAAAGCUCUAUUAUCAUUGUCU